UGCUGGUCGAAAUGAAAGCACAGCUCUAGAAGGGGGCAACUCGCCCUUUGAUUCCAAGGCCCCUUCCAAGGGGCCACUCGCUGCUGAUUCCAAGGCCCUUUACAAGGGGCAACUCGCCCCUGAUUCCAAGGCCCCUUCCAAGGGGCAACUCGCUGCUGAUUCCAAGGCCCUUUACAAGGGGCAACUCGCCCCUGAUUCCAAGGCCCCUUCCAAGGGGCAACUCGCUGCUGAUUCCAAUGCCCUUUACAAGGGGCAACUCGCCCCUGAUUCCAAGGCCCCUCCCAAGGGGCAACUCGCUGCUGAUUCCAAGGCCACUUCCAAGGGGCAACUCGCCCCUGAUUCCAAGGCCAUUUCCAAGGGGCAACUCGUCCCUGAUUCCAAGGCCCUUUCCAAGGGGCAACUCGCCCUUUGA